AUGACCGUGAUGACAGUAUCAAUGACCAAAACGCUUAAUCAAAACGUCAACGACGAUAAUCAAGUUCAUAGAAAUAUGAUUUAUAAUCAACAUAUUAAUCAAAAUUCUGGAGAAAUAUAUCGAAACGUCGGUAAUAAUAAUUACAUGGCUCAUCAAAACCUUGAAGACAUUUAUCAAAACGCUUGCAAUGAUGAUUACAUUCGUCAAACCAUGAUUUAUAAUCAUCAAAAUAAUUUCGUUACCGAACCGAACUCAGAUAAUAUCACGAGUAUUAAUCGUCAGAAUUCUGUUGAUUGCAAUUUCGUUAAUCAAAAUAAUUCAAAUAAUCAUCAAAAUUAUACUGUCGUCAAUAAUUUCGCCGACAACAAUUUGACCAGAGACCAGAAAUUAAUUUACAUCACAUCCCUACUUCAAAAUAUCCAAAAUGUUGUAAAUCAAUUGCUGGAUGACAAUAACUGA